AUGAGCUGGCGGCGCAGUCCUGCGCCGCCGUCGAGCCAGCAGCCGUACAACUCGGCCAAAAGCUCCCGCGCGAGCACCCCAAAUGGAUUUUCCCGCACGCGCUCCGCGCAAGCUUUACGACGGAGGGGAAGAAAGAACCGCGUGUCUCACACGGUUCGCCACACAUUUCGAAGUCGUGCGUUGGAUGUAACACCCCUUUUCACAGUAGAUGUCGCGGUGCGGUGUGUCGAGGUUGUCAACGAACGCAUGGCGUGGACUGCCGAGUUUGACGGCUCUAUCGCUGUGCGCAGCAUUCCAAAGGGAAGUGAACUGCGAAUCAUUCCAGGGCGAGAAGGCGUCUUUUGCAACUGCCUUUUAUUUGUUGUAAAAACAGGAAAGGUAUGGACGGCUUUCAGUGAUGGUUUUCUCCGCGUCUACGAUGUUAACACAUUUGUCAUGGAGAAUGAGUUCGUGCAGCACAACGGGGCCGUGGAAUGCAUCGCUGAGAUGGAGGGCCGUGUUUAUACGGGUGGGCGAGACUGGAAAAUCUACCAAUGGGUACCUGAGAGCUAUAACUACGAGCGACAGUUCUCUGGCCACACCAACGCCGUCAGGUGUCUUUGUCCAUACACUGGAAGCACAGGAGCUGUGCUGUUUACAGGAGGUGAUGAUGGCAUGGUAAAGGCCUGGGAUCCGUACCUCCCAGUGAAGCAAUCCAAUGAAAAUAAUCCUUGCGUGCACACAUUUGUGGGACAUACACGCGGGGUCUGGGCUUUGGAGCUCGUGAGUCCAAACAAUCAGCUGUGGUCGGGUGGCGAAGAUACCACCAUACGCGUUUGGGAUCUUCAAUCGUUAAAGUGUGUCACUGUGUUGGAACACCACCGCUCCCCUAUUGCUUGCUUGACACUCGUGGAGCAUCGUGUCUGGAGUGGUGACAAGCAUGGUCACAUUCUUUUGUGGGAUCUAAAAACCCUCUCACCCACGCAGGAGAUCUCGCAGCAAAUGCGGGUGGAGCAUAGAUCGGUGCUUGUUAUACGAAAGAUGGUUUCGACAAUAUCUUGGAAGGUGUGGACCACAGGCUCUGCCGGUCACAUUCACUGCUGGAAUGCUGACUCCAUGCCUCUGCUGUUUGACCACGACUCUACCGGAGAGAUGUUACCGCACACGGAUGAAGAGAAUGUACGGGCGCUUGAGCGAGACAACAAGUCACUUCUGGGUGAGCUUGCAAAGCUGACAAGGCAGCUGGAGUCGGAAUACGGACGUUCCAGGCUUGAGGUCUUUAACCACGUGCAGGAUAAGCAACUCCUCAUGGACACCAAUGACAGUUUGCAGAAGAAACUCCGCAAACGGCGGCACUCCUGGAGUGAUGGCAGCAGCGGGGCCGUCGAAAAAAGAGACCGGUCGUCGCGUCUAACCUCAGGCUCUCCCCCGCCACGAUGUGUUAAGUCACCAACGCCAGCAAGUGCUUUGUCACUCGUCGCGGGACAGACAGGGGAGGGCGUGAGAGGUGGCAUGCGUUCCCCGCCUUUUUUUACGCGGUCUGUGGACUGUGAGGAUGCGGUGUCUAUCACUACAGCACAUAAACGAUUCUUUCCCGGCAACGCCUGGGGCGAUAUCCUACCACGCAACGAAACGGAACUCCGCGUGGCAUUUACACGUGAGGCGGCUCAAGCACUGAGCCUCCCUGAAGACAACUUCCAACAAAUAUCGAUGAAGCCCAAGCAGCAUGGACUUCUUACCACAGUAGCCGUUCGGCAUUGUUUGUCAAGGCACUCAGAGGACGUUCAACGCCACCUCGACGCACAUCCUUUUCUCGACAUCCUCAACCACUACAGAAUAGCCCUGGAGGGCAGCAACAAAGCACUCAAAGAUGCCCUCACCCACGACCAAGACGAAACCAAAUCAACAAGAAGAUCCAAAAGCGAUAAUACCAACAGAAGAACAUUCAGCCGUUCUGUCGACAGGGAGAAAAGCGCUCAACAAGCUAAUCUAAACGAUGAACUUGAAAAAGUAAAACAAACCAACAUGCGGCUUCACACAGAAAUUAAGCAACUAAGUGCACAAUUGGCAACAACAAACCCUCCAAGCCACAUCAAUUUGAAGGAGGAGUACGACGCGCUGAAGAGCUUUGUGGAUGGCUCUCUUAAGCCGCAGAUAUCGCGGUUGAAGCGGAUGAACGGGGAGAAGGAUCUUGACCUGCGGGCAAACGAGGAGCGUAUCAAGCUGCUGCUGCGGGACCAGGAGCAGCUGCAGAAAAAGUUAGCAGGGAUGAGCCUCUGA